AUGAGCGAGAAACAGGAUUUAGCUCGUGCCACGGAUCUCAGGCGAAUAGUUUACUUCGGUAUUGCUGUUUCCACUCUUGCCAUCACUACGGCAGUUAUCGGCAUUCCUCUACUAUGCCUCUACCUCCAAAAUGUUCAUUCGAAUGUUCAUGAAGAGCUAGCAUACUGCCGUACGAGAACGCAUGGAAUUCGUAGCGAGUAUAGUAAAAUCCAAUCCGACCGAGGACAACGGCAAAAGAGACAGUCAUGCUGUUCUUGUGGUAUUGGUGCCGUUGGCGCAAUCGGACCUCCUGGCCCAGAUGGUGAACCCGGCGCUGACGGCCAUCCCGGACAUCCUGGUGCACCUGGUCCUGAUGUCAAAGAUGAAAAAGCAGUCCCAACAGAAGCGGAUUUCUGCUACGAAUGCGAACCUUCACCUCCUGGACCUCCUGGUGUUUCCGGACCCAUGGGCCCAAUGGGACCCGUUGGGCCCCCGGGAGAGCCUGGUUCGAUCGGACUGCAAGGAAAUCGCGGACCUCCUGGUCCUCAAGGAGCACCUGGCAAGCAAGGCGAGCAAGGUCCAGCGGGCCCCACCGGCAAUCCUGGUGCCGUUCGGACACUUCCAUCUCCUGCUGGAGUAGUUGGACCUGAAGGACCCGAAGGUCCACAAGGUCCUCCAGGACAGCCAGGAAACCGUGGUCAUGAUGGAAUGAAUGGUCUUAUGGGACUUAUUGGAGAUAAUGGACCGGACGCCCCCAAUGGCAAAGAUGGCGACGAUGGGCCACCUGGAACGCCUGGAAAGGACGGUUCCAAAGGAUCGUGUGAUCACUGUCCUGUCCCACGCACACCACCUGGCUAUUAA